AUGGCCAGCGAGUGCACAUCACAAGAUCGGCGUGUGACCAGCUGCACAGUGCACAGCCUGGAGACCAACUCCAACUACUCCUUGCGUCUGAGGGAAGCGUGCACCAACGCCCACUACGACUCGGACUGGGCCCUGUCGGUGGCUGCCACGCUGCCGCGGCCGGCGGCGCGGCCGAGCCCGGCCUGCGGCAGCGCGCAGAAGCACAACGAAGCCAUGCGGCUGCAGGUUUCCUGGACAGCUGGCGAUCCUGGUGACUGUGUCUUCGAGGCGUGGGAGGUGUAUAUGGAGCUUCUGCCGAGCGCCGGGCAGUGGAUGCUGGCUUGUGUCAGUCAGGACACAAGCUGCUUCGUGGAUGGGCUGUUGUCCGGGCAGUACUACGGCGUCCGGACGCGACAGGUGUGUUCAGAUCCAGCUGCCAGCAGCGACUUCGCAGAGCUCACAGGGGAGCAGUGCCAAGUCACGGCCAUGGCGGCAGAGAAGCCCGCGAACCUCACUGCGAGCAGUUUGGGUGCCUACGCGGUGGAGGUGGAGUGGGCGGCACAGCACCCCUGGGCCUGCACCUUCCUCUCCUGGCAGGUGCAGCUCAAGUCACAGGCGGAGGACAACUGGGACCUCGCGGGCCUCGGCUGCUGGAGCUAUGAGAGGGAGGUGACCAACUGCACGGCGCUGGUCCCUGGGAUGAGCAACACUCCCUUCGAUGUGCGAGUGCGGGAGACGUGUCAGGAGUCCGCGCUGCACUCGGAGUGGCUGGCCUUGGCUUUCCCUGGGGUGAGCACGCCCAUGCCGCAAACCGCGGCGGCGCCGACGCUGCAGGUGACCACAGCUUCGUCCUUCGAAGUGCAGCUUACUUGGACCACUGGGGAUGCGGGCGAAUGCGUCUUCAGCUCCUGGGAAGUGCAGCUGGUGGACGUGGAUGGCCUCGCAGAGGCAUCUCUCUCGCGAGCGAUUCCGUAUUGUGAUGAAGGUUCCCAGCUCGCGGAAUCCUUCUUGCGGAUGAAAGCUCGGAUGCUGUACCGCGUGAGGCUUGGCCUCAUCGAGACGGGGGAUGGCUCUUCUGCAGGCAGGAGCAAUUGGAAGAUAGGGUAG